GUUUCUAGGGCGGCGACGGUGGGCAUUUCCUGGUUACGGUUGCUAGGGCGCCGGCGGCGGCGGGCAUUUCCUGGUUACGGUUGUCGGGGCGGCGGCGGACAUUUCCUAGUUACGGUUGCUAGGGCGGCGUCGCGGAGCAGACCGGGAUGCCGGAGUACGAGUACCCGUGCGGCGGGGAAUGUCGCUGCGGCUGCCACCCGCUCGAGGUGCCCAGCAGCCAGAGCUGGGAAGAGCGCCAUGUGGCCAGGUGGAUAACGAAGCUGGGCUUCCCGCAGUACCAGGAUUGCUUCGCUUCAAACGGAAUCACAGGCAGGAAACUAAUUUUCGUCAACGGCUCCACUCUACCCAGUAUAGGGAUCACAGACUUUGAGCACAUCAAGGUGAUUUCACAAGCGGUGCAGAAGCUGCUGGACAUCAGAGAUCCUCACUCAGGGCGCAGCAUUUCCUACCCGCGCAGGGACCCCAUGGGCCUGUUCCUCGAACGCAAGGCCCCGUCGGGGCCCAACGCCGAUGCUCUCACCCUGGAAGAGUUCAUGAAAGAAAUGGAUGCCAGCCUCGCCCACGCAGCCCCGCAGGGAAGUGGCUGACCAGCUGCUGGGGACCAGUAACCAACCAACCCGUCUCCGUCUCCGUCUGCGCUGAGGACUAAUGGCAGAGCUGGCAGCCUCCAACUGGGACCGACCUCGAGGCUCCGGAGGCAGAGCCAGGACUUUCCAAUGCAAGGCUGGCCGACUCCAGGGCUGUGGUAGCGUUGCGGCUGCGGCGACCCGACUUCCGACCCGACUUCGGAGCCUCGGAGACUCGGCCGCGGGCCCAGUGGACUCGGCCGCGGGCCCAGGGGACGACAGCGUCGGGAGCUCGCAGGUCCCAGGUUGGUGACCUGUUUCCCGGAGCUCCCGCAACGACAGCUUCGUUCACUGGACUGGAGGGUGGCAGCUUUGGCAUCUUCGACCGCCCCGGGCCGCGGUGUUUGAACCGGCCCGUUCGUGGAGCUCCAUCGGAAGCUUGGAUCGCCUCAACGCAGAGGGAGAACAAGGAGGGAAGAGACAAGGACUUAAGACUUUUGCCUUCCAUCACAGUGAGGAGGACGUGGUGGACUCACUGUGGUGGAUGUUAAAUCUGUGUUUAUUGUGUGUUUUGUUAUUUUAUUCUAUGUUAUGACUGCAUGGCACGAAAUGUCGUUCAGACUGAAAAGACUGAAUGACAAUAAAGGAUACUUUACUUUACCAUGAAUAUUUUUAAGGAGAAAUAGAUAGAUUCUUGAUCAAUAUGGGUGUCAGGGGUUAUGGGGAGAAGGCAGGAGAAUGGGGUAAGGAGGGAGAGAUAGAUCAGCCAUGAUCGAAAGGCGAAGUCGACUUGAUGGGCCAAAUGGCCCAAUUCUGCUCCUAUUACUUAUGACCUUUACCUUGUACUAAAUUCAUGAUUCCUUUAUCAUGAAUCUAUACACUAUGGAUGCCCAAUGUUUUUUCAUUUAAAUCCUUGUAGGCAAGCACAAUGCUGGUCACACGAAUGGGAUGGGUCACAUGAAUGGGAUGACUGGAAAGCAAUGAGAAGCACUGCUUGUUGCUGGCCUGCAUCCACUUGAACACAGCCUGUUGGAUUCAUUUUAAUGCUCAACGCAAACCUCUCCUGCUAAAACAACUUCAAAGCUAAGCUACUAAUGUCACCUCUGAAUGCUGAUAGUAAAGUAAAACAAAUAUUGAUAAUUUGUAAAAAAAAAAAAUGCUAGAAACAAGGAACUGCAGAUGCGGGUUUAGAAAAGACACAGAGUGCUGGAGUAACUCAGCGACUCAGGCAGCAUCCCUGGUGAACAGAUAGUUGACAUUUCGGGCCAGGACCCAUCUUCAGACUGAUUAUAGUGGGGGUAGACAAAGCCUGGCAGGUAAUAACUGAACAAGGGGGGCUGUUUAAAAGGCAGAUGAUUGGAAAUCAUAAUUAGUGAACUAUCAUCUACAAUUCCUCGUGACUCCAUUGAUAAUUUAUUGUUGCACAUGGAGGAUGUACAGUUGUUACCUGACUGGUUCUGAACUCCAGCAGUGGCAGGGCUUGCAACAUUCCGGUUGCAACAUUCUGUUGUAAGAUUCCAACACCUCCUCCAACAUUUAAAUUACAUUUGUAUAUGCAUAUGAAUAAAAUACAGGUAAAUGGCACUGAUGUAGAUGGACAAACAUGGAUGAGUUGGACCGAAGGGCCUGUAACUGUGCUACAUGACUCUAUGACCUUUCAUCACAGAUUCUUUGAACCUAUUGGGUUCAUUAAUCUCAAAUGAAUGUCCCUCCGCAUCUGACCAUCCUUUGAGACUGUAGGAAGGAACUGCAGAUGCUGGUUUACACCAAAGAUAGACACAAAAUGCUGGAGUAACUCAACGGGACAGGCAGCAUCUCUGGAGAGAAGGAAUGGAUGGCAUUGUGGGUCGAGACUGUCAGAGAAGGGGCUCGACCCGAAGCGUCAUCCAUUCCUUCUAUCCAGAGAUGCUGCUUGUCCCGCUGAAUUACUCCAACAUGAUGUGCCUAUCAUCCUUUGAAGCUACUCAAUUGAAGAGCAAUUAAGGGCAGGCAAUAAAUUCAGGCCCAGCCAAUGACAACCACAUUUCCCUUGAAUGAAGCAGAAUAAAAAUC